AUAAACGUUUCUUUUCUUUUUCUUCCAUAUUUUCUUUACGAUUCUUUCUUCAUUAAGAACACCGUGCGUUAACUAAAAAUUCACGUUUUGGAUACAGUAUCCCUUCACCUGUUGAAAAAGACUUCAACAAAUUCACCUUUUCCAUACUGUAUACCUUCAUCAGUUGAAAAAGACUUCAACAAAUAUGGGACUGCAAUAUGUUAAUAAAAGGAAAGAACCGGUGGUCUCCGGAGGUGGAGAGCCGCAGCGUCCAACAGAGUGGAGGCGGUACAAAGGGGUGAGGAGGCGGCCUUGGGGCAAGUUUGCCGCAGAGGUAAGGGAUCCGGAGAAGAAACGAAAGAGAAUAUGGUUGGGAACGUUUGAUACACCAGAGGAAGCAGCAUUGGCUUAUGAUAACGCAGCUUUCAAGCUACUAGGUUCACGAGCUAAGGUGAAUUUCCCUCUCUUGAUUGGCGUGAAUGAUUCACCAGUUGUUCUAGCGUCUAGGUGGCUAGCUCUAUUCCCCCAAGAGACAAGAAGGAAAGGUGUGGUGGAGCCACCAAUCACCACCUCAAGGGCCGAGGAAGAAUCGGAAAUUACAGUUUACACCACCACUGUCCGCACCAAUGAUGCUGCAACAAUGGAGGUGGGAAGUAGUCAAGACGCCGGACAACUGUUCCAAACAGAUAAAUGGUUCAUACCCCCACUAAUACAACCUCCAGAAUCACCAAUAACAGUCCUUACCACCACUGACAACACCACCAACACCACCACCAGUACCACCGAUGGUAAUCUCACUAGAUUGGAGAUGGGAGUUGACCAUGACACACAUUUGGAUUUUCAAAUGUUUAGCUUGAAACCUGAAGAACAUUCACCAAGUAUGGUGCAACCAUCAGCUACCUCCGACGAAGCUUCACAGGAGGAGGUGGGUACCGAUCUUGAUCUGUUGUGGAACUUUGAUGCAACGACACCGGAUGAUUUUCGUUUCCUUGAAUACUUUAGAGAGUAAUAAAACAAAUUAUUUUUCUUUAUUAACUGGCAUUAUUUGGUUUAUUUACUUUAUUAUGUACUUUUCAAUACUAUUUGUAGAAUUUGAAAAUAAGAAAACAGAUUUGAAGAACA